UCAUAACUCCACAGACAGCCUUUCCUUCGCAAGUGCAGCGUCCAGCAAAGACAAUCUGACGUAUUUAAUUGACGCCUCACUUUAUUUCUCAGUGAAGGAUUACAAGACGUACACCACAUUAGGAGUUACGCUCAAUCAAAAGAGGAGAUUAUCUCUGAGACAUGAUGGAGAUUGAAAUGUCUAAAAUGCAGCCAAGCCAACAGGACAUGGAUCUGAUCGAUAUCCUGUGGCGGCAGGACGUUGAUCUGGGCGCGGGCCGCGAGGUGUUUGACUUCAGCUACAGGCAGAAGGAGGUGGAGCUGCGCAGGCAGAGGGAGCAGGAGGAGCAGGAGCUGCAGGAGCGUCUGCAGGAGCAGGAGAAGACGCUGCUGGCUCAGCUGCAGCUCGACGAGGAGACCGGGGAGUUCCUGCCACGCAGCGCACCGCUCACACACACACCUGAAGCAGACGGUGGAGGAGGAACACAGAAUGGGGGUUUUGCAGAACAAGAUCCCAUGUCAUUCGAUGAGUGCAUGCAGCUCCUGGCUGAAACCUUUCCACUAACAGAGCCGGCUGAGUCUGCUCCGCCUUGCCUGGACGCCUCCGCUCCACCUUCCACUGAUCUCAUGAUGCCCGCAGAUGUCCAGGCGUUUACCCAGAAUCCUCUGCUGCCAGGCUCUCUGGAUCAGGCCUGGAUGGAGCUGCUGUCACUCCCAGAGUUGCAGCAGUGCCUCAACAUGCAAAUGCAGGAGACGUUGGAUAUGAAUGCAUUCAUGAAACCUUCAACAGAAGCACCAACCCAAAACUACAGCCAAUAUCUCCCCGGGAUGGACCAUCUCGGCCCGGCACAGGCAGAAGCGUGUCCUCCUGAAUUCACCAACACCUAUAAUGGAUCCUUCAACACUAUGAUGUCACCAAAUAUGAACCAAUUGAGUCUGAACGUCCCGGAUGUGGGAGCCGAGUUUGGUCCUGAAGAAUUUAACGAGCUGUUUUAUCCAGAGAUGGAGGUUAAAGUGAACAACCCUCCAAUUGCAUCAGAUGGGGGAAACAUGGUCGGCGAUCCUCCAGUUAACCCAAUAGAUCUACAGAGCUUCUCACCGGGAGAUUUCAGCUCAGGAAAACCAGAUCCAAUCGUGGAGUUUCAAGACUCUGACUCGGGUUUGUCCCUAGAUGCAAGUCCUCAUAUGAGCUCUCCGGGGAAGUCCAUAAACGAAGACGGAUCCUUCGGAUUUAGUGAUUCUGACUCUGAGGAGAUGGAAGGAAGUCCGGGAAGCAUGGAGUCAGAUUACAAUGAGAUAUUCCCAUUGGUUUACCUCAACGAUGGCUCUCAGACUCCUCUUUCGGAGAAGUCGUCAUCGGAGAAACAGGAGAUGAAACCGAAAAACCCAAAGAUGGAGCCGGCGGAGGCUAGCGGACACUCCAAACCUCCGUUCACCAAAGACAAGCUGAAGAAGCGCUCCGAGGCGCGGCUCUCCCGUGACGAACAGAGAGCGAAAGCCUUGCAGAUCCCGUUUACCGUAGAUAUGAUCAUCAAUCUACCCGUAGACGACUUUAACGAGAUGAUGUCCAAACACCAGCUCAACGAAGCCCAGCUAGCGCUCGUCCGGGAUAUCCGCAGACGGGGCAAGAACAAAGUGGCGGCACAAAACUGCCGCAAACGCAAGCUGGAGAACAUCGUGGGAUUGGAGUACGAGCUGGACUCGCUGAAGGAGGAAAAGGAGCGUCUGAUGAAGGAAAAGAGCGAACGCAGCAGCAAUCUGAAAGAGAUGAAGCAGCAGCUGAGCACGCUCUAUCAGGAGGUUUUCGGGAUGCUUCGAGAUGAGAACGGAAAGGCGUUCUCGCCCAACGAGUUCUCCCUUCAGCACACAUCGGACGGCACUGUUUUCCUGGUUCCUCGCCUUAAAAAGACUCUCGUGAGGAACAUCUAGCUUUGUCCUUCCUCCUUCUCUCUUCUUCUACACUUUGCUUCUGUUUUUUUGGUACUGCUUUUCUCUUGCUAACACUGUGUCCUAACCAGGCGUGAUAUAAAUCCAAUAAAGCGACAAAAUCAUUGACAAAAUUUGAUGCGAACACUGGGAUUUUCAUAACCGCACUUUUUCUUCGUGGUUUCGUGGUUACGUGGUACAGUGUGGUUGUGUGUACACUACAACCAUAGUUUUUGCCUUUUGAAAUUACCAUACGCUCUGUUUCCUCAUUUCUGAUUGGCUAACACAAGGGCAAAGUUCAUGAGGCAAAACUCUGUACAUUCGCGGUAAACACAUCGCAUAUUUCGAGUCGUUCUCCCGCAGGACGAUAAUCCACCUCUGUUCUCAAAUUAGCAUUUUUUUGUAUGCUAUUUACUCACGCAAAUACUUAAUUCCCCAUUUGCGGUGAACCAAGAAUAAAAGUGUUAUUAUCGCCGCCCGUUGGUUCGGGGUGCUCUUAACAUUGUUUGUAAAAACAUCCGUGUACGUGUGGACAUGGCCUAAAACAACGUCUUACUUUCGCAUAGGAGCAUAAGGUGAUUACGAUUGUAUCUUGUCAGAAUUUACGAACACGAUACUAAUGUCACGCCAUAAGUAGUAAUAUCAGUAGUCAGAAUUUGACGAAUGAGUUAAACGUCAUAUGUGAUACUCUGAACCCAUAUUCUGAAAUGAUAGUUAAUUGCAAACUUAAAACAAUUUGUAGCAUUAAUUAUGAAAUUUCCCAGAUGUGCUUUAAAGUUAUUGCGAUUAGCUGAAUAUGAUUGUAGCUUGUCAGAAUGUCCGAACAUAAUACACACCAUAAAAUAGCAGUUGUCAUAAUGUACGACAAAUCAAGUUGAUUGAGUUUAACGUUAUCUGUGAUACGUUUAGUAACCCCGUGUUUUGAAAUGAUACUUAAUUGCAAACGUAAACGAUUUGUAGCGUUAUUUUCAGUGUUUCCCAGUGGUGCUUUAAAGUUAUUGCGAUAAGGAUGAUACAAUUGUAGCUUGUCAGAAUGUACGAACAUGAUACAAAUGUUACAACGUAAGUUAUCACUUGUCACAAUGUACGACAAUCAAGAAGUGGCAAAAAUGGAGGAGUUUAACGUUAUCUGUGAUUCGUUUAGGAACUCCUUUUUCUGAAAAUGAUCCUUAACCUCAAACGUAAACAAUUUGUAGCUUUCCUUUCGAAAAUUCUUACUGGUGCUUUAAUGUUAUUGCGAUAAGGUGGAUAUGAUUGUAGCUUGUCAGAAUGUCUGAACAUGAUACACCCGUUACACCGUAAGAUAUCAUUUGUCAUAAUGUACAACAAUCAAGAAGAACCUCGAUAUGUGAUACGUUUAAUAACCUGUAUUCUAAAAUGAUACAUAGUCGCAAACGUAAACGUAGCGUUAAUUUCGAAAUUUCCCAGUGGUGCGUUGAAGUUAUUGCAAUAAGGUGAAUACAAUUUUAGCUUUUCAGAAUGUCCGAACAUGACACAAAUGUCACAACGUAAGAUACCACAUAAUUUGAGAAUCAAGAUGAGUCAAAAACAGUCGAGUUUAAUGUUAUCUGUGAUGCAUUCAAUAACCUGAUACUUAACUGCAAACAUAAACAGUUUAUAGCAUUAUUUUCUAAAUUUCCCAGUGGUGCUUUAAAGUUGUUGCGAUAAGGUAAAUACGAUUGUGGCUUGUCAGAAUGACCAAACAUGAUACAAAUGUUACACCGUAAAAUAUAAUUAGUCAUAAUGUACGACAAUCAAGAUGAGUCAAAAUGGAUGUUUAACGUCAUCUGUGAUACGUUUAGUAACCUGUAUUCUGAAAUUAUACUUAACUGCAAACAUUUAUAGCGUUAUUUUUGAAAUUUCCCAGUGGAAGUUAUUGUGAUUUCUGCCUCAUGACGUUUUUUUUCCCGCUCCUAUUGGUUCUUGGUUGAAUAGUAGCUGAUGUCGCACUGCAGAAAAAUGUCUGCAAACUUUUGUCAAUGCCAUAUUUUUUAAUUGGUGAGAAAAUUUAGUUGCAAUGACCAUUAAUCAGCUGUUGGUGAAUAUAUCAAACCAACUAUUACAGACCACAGAUUUUAGCCAUUUCCAAAAUUGACCGCAGAUGAAGAAAUCGUGACCACACAACGUGAGCCGGGCUUUAAAACCUUUGAGCUCUUGGAAUAAUAAAUAAAUGUUGUAUACUUUGUGAUUUGAUGCAGUGUAGUCGCAUCUGAUAAUGGAAGAAACAAAGCUUUUCGAAACUUUGAAACAAUUGCGUUGCAAAUUAAUUCACUUUUUCAAAUCGUUCAAAAUUGUUUUGAAUCAUUCGAAACAGCAAAUGCUAGGAACACCUGCUGGUCAAAAUGUGUAAAUGCAACAAAAACAUGCAUUAGAACUGACUUUUUCAACCAUAUUCUAAACAUUAAAUUAAAAGAAUUACCUAUAAAUGCACUUAUCUUACCAUCUAAUAUAAUAACAUAUUAAGUGUGUGCAUAAUUCGCAGUUUUUUAUACAUUUUCUAGGCUUAUUUAUAGUUUGUUCCAUGGUGGGUUCUGCUAAACUGACCAAAAAAAAGAUUAUUAUAUCUUAAAAUUUUACAAAUAUCUCAUUAAAACAUCUACAAACUCAUAAA